CAGAGAAGAUCCUGGAUGAGUUUGAUUUGAAGACCUACAACACAUCAGCAGCAGGUCAUCAGAGACUGCUACCUGUAGUCAAGAACUGCAGGAAGGCCAAACUGAACAACUGUGAACUCACACAGACUUGCUGUAAUAUUGUGGCCUCAGCUCUCCAGUCAUCAAACUCACCCCUGAGAGAUCUGGACAUCAGCUACAAUAACCUGGGAGAUUCAGGAGUGGAACUGCUCUGUGCUGGACUGAUGAGUCCAAACUGUAAACUACAGAGACUGGGGCUGAGUUGGUGUAGUCUCACAGAGGGCUGCUGUGAUGUUCUGGCCUCAGUCCUGCGUUCUCCUCAUUCAGAGCUGAGAGAUCUGGAGCUCAGAGACAACGAGCUGCAGGAUUCAGGAGUGAGAGCACUCUCUGCUGGACUGGAGGACCCACACUGUAAACUGCAUAGAAUGGGGCUGUCAGGCUGUAGAGUCACACAGAGAGGCUGUGAUUUUCUGGCUUCAGCUCUGUGUUCAAACCCCUCACACCUGAGAGAGCUGGACCUGAGAUACAAUCACCCAGGAGACUCAGGAGUGAGAGCGCUGUCUGCUGCUAAACUGGACACACUCACACUGCUGUAAGUACAGAGAGUUUCCACACUGCGCCUCACACACACACACACACACACACACACACACACCUGAGAGAGCUGGACCUGAGAUACAAUCACCCAGGAGACUCAGGAGUGAGAGCGCUGUCUGCUGCUAAACUGGACACACUCACACUGCUUGUGGACCAUGGAGGAGAGAACAGGACCAAACCAGGACCCAGGAAAUACGGCUGUCAGCUCACACUGGAUCCAAACACAGCGCAGAGAGAGCUGUCUCUGUCUGAGGGGAACAGGAAGGUGACAAACACACCGGGGAGAGAGGAGCCAUAUCCUGAUCAUCCAGAGAGAUUUGAGUACUGGCCCCAGGUUCUGUGCAGAGAGAGAGUGUGUGAGCACUGUUACUGGGAGGCUGAGUUCAGUGUGUCUGAGUGGGGAGGGGUUUAUAUAGCAGUGACAGAUAAAGGAAUCAGCAGGAAAGGAAAGGGUUCUGACUGUAGGUUUGGAUGGAAUAAAAACUCCUGGAGUCUGGAGUGCUUUAAACCCAGAGACUCUGAUAAACUCAGUUACUCUGUCUGGCACAAUAAUAACCCAACACACAUACCUACCCCCCCCUCCUACCGCAGAGCUGGAGUGUGUGAUGAUGAUGAUGGUAGAGGAGUGUGUGUGUACAGGGUAGGAGUGUUUGUGAACCGUCUGGCCGGCACUCUGUCCUUCUACAGCGUCUCUGACUCUGACACACUGACCCUCCUGCACAGAUUCCACACACACUUCACUCAACACACACCCCUCUGUGCUGGGUUUGCAGUGUGGAACUCCCCCUCAGUGUCCCUCUGCCAACUGGAGUAGAGACACACACACACACACACACACUCAUGUACACACACACACACACCACAUUCAUAUACCCUCUCACACACACACACCACACACACUCAUAUACUGUGGCGCCCCGAUCCCUGAUCGGUGCUCCCCACGAGACCACCAAGACGGCCGAGCCCAUCGACACCGGCGACUGCUGGGAAAAGUUGUGAGUGGGCGUUACUUACCAAACCACAGCCUGGAGACGUUCAGGACCCUGGACAGCACCAGACAGAACACCUAAGGGAACACCAGGCAGCACCAUGGACAGGGCUGCAGCAGAGGGAAGGUAAGGGGAAUUUUCCACUCUGCUGCACACCUGCAGCUGCUUGAUAGAUUGGCUGCCGGCGCCCACCUGAAGCUGCUUGCGCUGACGAGCAGGCAGGCUUUUAUAGACCAGCACAACCACAGGAAGGGAGAGCUGCUGGGGCUUUCGUCGGAGCUACACCAGGCGACUUUCUGCACCUGGAUCAGAGACCGUAAGCGACCGCUCUCUCCUCGCGCAGAGGAAUAGGUGUGACAACUUGCAAAUUGUUUUGUGUAAAGAGCAACCGUGAGUCCAGGGGACCGGGUGACCGGGGGCGACGACAGGGACCGCUCAGGGCUGGAGCUGGGAGAAGAUUGGAGCGUGACCGCACAGGGGAGGGAGACCUUCACCCCUACACCCCCUCUCAGACGGGAGGAGCACCAGUCGGCACCUGGAGGAAGGAGCCGGACCCGGACCGGACUGACCAAGCCCCGCCCACCUAACCGACGUACUUCUUGUUUCUCUCCAGAAGGGGACCGCGUGAAUACCUGGAGUGGAGCACCCAUACCCCGACCGGGAAGACGUUUUAGUUGUUUUUGGCUCCCCCUACCUUUACCCCCACUCGUUACCACCAUUAAAGAACUUUUUGUUAAUCACUA